AUGGGGAUACCCAGUGGAAGGGGUGAUCACCUCUGCGUACUUAUUCAUGGGUAGGUGCUGGGGAUCAUCUCCUCGGACGCCUGCUCCGUUUCUGAUGAGUGUUUGCAGUUUAUGGGGCAACCCCGGGCAUCUCGAGUACCUAACGACCGCUAUUCGCCAGCGUUACGACGACUCGAAAUUGCAUAUUCUUGUAGUCAAGCGUAACUCCGGCACCUUCACUUAUGAUGGAAUAGAGCUCGGUGGCGAGCGUGUCACCAGGGAAAUCGAGGACACCAUAGAGGAUUACGCUAGGAACGGGGUGGAGAUUCGCAAGAUUAGCAUUGUGGGCUAUUCUUUAGGUGGGUGACUUGAAAAUCGUGAACUGGAUAGACUCAUAGUUCUUGUCUAGUUCCGUGGGCGGUGUGCCUUGACUGGACGGAUAUGAUGAGGGAGUUUUGUGUGAUCGGUUCGACGGGUGAGAAUUGAUGAGGCUGACAAGGUGGGUUGUGCUUCAACCGUUUAGGUGGUCUUGUCGCUAGAUAUACCGUUGGCCUGUUAUACUCCAAGGGCUAUUUCGAUAGGGUUAGACCGGUGGUGAGUUUCCCCGCCCCUGUUGUACCGAUUAUCGGUAUAUCGUUGUUGUGGGGGUGGGAUUUUUCUUUGGCUCACGGCCCAUAGAACUUUUGCACGUUUGUAACUCCCCAUUUAGGGGUUAGGACCCCGUUGCUUGGUUGGCAUAACCAUAUCUGGUAUGAUAAUUUUUCCGGAAAGUCCCAUUUGCCGCUUAGUUUUAUUUAUCAGCCCUUUGCUAGGAACGUUAUCGGUGCCCGCCUCUUAUCUGCCUCCGGCCGGCAACUUUUCGCCAUAGAUAAGUUCCGGAACACAGGAAGGCCCUUGCUUUCCGUCCUGGCAGAUAAGGAUUCUGUGUUUUUCAAGGGACUUGAAAGAUUCCAGAAUAAGGUCCUGUACGCCAAUGUUAUCAACGAUCGUGCCACGUGUUAUUAUACAGCGGGUGUCUCCCGAUUCGAUCCGUACGUAGACCUAUCGGAUGUUUCGCUCAAUUAUCUUCCUGGCUAUUCCCCAAUUAUCCUCGACCCCGACAGCCCAAUCUCGGCAGCGGCCAAAGAGGAGGAAAAUGAAAAACUUCCCGUUGCGCAUCGGAUCAGCAGAACCACCGGCAUGGCCAUGCGAUUUCCGAUGGUGCUCACAUAUGUGAUUGUCAUUCCGAUUGGGGUGAUAGUAUUCUUACUCAAUUCUCUCAUCCAAACCGUGUUCAGCAAGCGAAGGAUCUGGCUUCACUCCAGCGAUCGGUUGGGUUAUCACAGGCUUCCACUCUUGGUUGAGGAAAUGCAGGAGGCUGCCGAAGGGCUCAUCGAGGACAUUCACCACGAGAUGAUUCCCCAACAUCUAACCGCAGUCUCGGAGGAGAGUGCUGGCGAGAGCCUCGUCAAUGCGAUCACACCCCGGGCGACAGUCACUUCUGAGAAGGGUGUUGAAGAUUCUUCGGUAUUGAUUACUCUCGCAGGUGGAACGAGUCCACAGGCAGGGGGUAUAUCCAGUGACCCCAGUGCACCACCACCACCCAAGAGCACUCCCGCGCCCAGACCGGUUGUGGAACAGUUUCCUCUGCAAAUGCAAGGGAAACUUGAAUUCCCUACGCUCGCUUUAUCGCACCAGCAAUUCGAGAUGAUUGCUAACAUCGAGAAGCUCGGUUUCAGGAAGUACCCCGUCUUCAUACAUAAUGAUAGGCACUCCCACGCGGCGAUCAUCGUCAGAAAGCCAUGGGUAAAGAGGUGGGAUGAGGGGAAGGUUGUGGUGGCACACUGGCUCGAUAAGGCCUUUAUUGUU